AUGCGGCGCAACGUUUCUCUUGCUUGUACAGAGUGCCAAAAAAAGAGGACCAAGUGCUCUGGAACGACAUCAUGCGAAAGAUAUGCAACCGAAACCCGCCAGUGUCUAUACGAUCAAACCGGUGAUCGCCGACGCAAAGCAUAUAUUGCCGGGUUGUUGAAUUCUCAUGCCGCUCUUUGUCGACUGGCUGCCAAGCUCCGCUCUGCAGCCCCCGAGGAAAUAUCAUGGUUGGUCUGGCAAAUUCAAAGCUUGCCGAACGACCAAGAUGCAGUAAACUACCUUGUUCGCAUGCUGGAUUAG